AUGACACCUGGAACAACCGCGUUGGAUCAGGAGGUACCAGAGGUGAGCCCACCCUACCCCGCACCCCACCCCCCAUCCUCCCAGAAGCCUCGGGCCUAUGUCUUCUCUCUUUCGCUCUUGUACCGGCUCACCCUCGGCCUCCGGGAAGUUCCACGUUCCCGCCAGGUUCGUCUGUCCUGGCCGCUCACCCACUUCGCAUACCCCCGGUCCCCGCGAGCGCGGAGCCCACUGCCCCAGCGCCCGGACUUGUCUUCCUCCGCGCGGAGACCCGGAUGCUGGCCGCCCCGCCCCCCGGCUCACGCGCCCGGAUCUACUUUCUCGGCGUCGCGGCCUCCUCGCGGCCUCCUCGCGGCCCCGGCGCUGACCGUUAACGCCGCCAACGGGCGAACCGGGGCGGCGGGGCCUGCGUGGCGAGGGCCACCUGCCUCACGGGCGUCGCCCCAGGCCGCCGCGCACUCCGUCCUCAUCGUCCCCUUGCCCUUCCCUGGCGUCCAUCGCCGCCUGCGUGACGCUCCCCAGGGGCUGCGGCUGGCCGGUGCGCGCCAGGGCCGGCGCCGUCGCCUCUCCGAGGCCUCGGGCAGGCUCGGACCAGAUCCGGGCCGGAUUCAACCCUUUUGUCUACACCCGAGGGCCGCAGAGGUCACAGGGAGAGACACCUUUGCGGCUGUGGAUCCUUGGAGUUCUUGGCGACAAGCAGGAGGGGGAAGCCGGGACCUGGCUGUGCUCGGGUGCGAGUGUGGGGGUCCCUCGCCCCGCCUGGCUCGAGGGCCCCCGGGGCCACUGACUUGCUGCCCGGAGAUGUCACUUCUGGGGCCUGCUGCCAUGACCUUGGCCUGGCUGCUUUUGUGGGUUGGGAGGGAGGUGGAGGAGGGAGCGUGGCUGGCAUAAUUUUGUGCCUGCCAUGGUUCGCCAACUCCUGGACUGCCUGGGGGGCGGUGGCUCCUGAGACGUGGGGCUUCCUCCUCCUCCCACAGACUCCUCCUGGGUGCAGCCUUUCUCACCCAUCAAUCGCUCCUGCUGCAGUGGGUGCUCCUUCCUGGCAGGUGCAAUGUCCACCCCCGCCGCGGGGCGGGGGACGGUCUGGGGGCAAACUUGUUGCUGCUUCUAGCUUGGUGGUGUCUGCCCAGUUACUCAGCCCCUGAUGGACAACUCACCUGGGGUCCCGGAGAGGCUGGGGUCUCUCUAACUCGCCCCACCCCCCACUCUCUCUUCAUUUCCUCCUCCGGUCCUAGCGUAGAAAUAACACCACCAUUUCUUUCUCCUGACUCUGGUCAGAAGGCCCGAGCUGGCCCUCGGAAGACCAAAAUGACACUUCCGUGCCUUGCAGACUGUCCCCUGUUUGUACCUUAGUUUGCAGGCCAGAGGGAUCCCUACCAUUUUACUUUAUCAGGGAGUCAGUUUGUUUUUUGGCUAGAUGUUUUUAUUUAUCUGUUUUCAUUUUUUAGUUUGGAAGGCAGGCAAAGAGAAUUUGAAAGGCAGAGAGAGAAAGAGAGGUAGAGAUAUCUUCCAUCAGUUGGUUCACCCCUUAAUACCUGCAACAGCCAGGACUGGGCUAGGCUGAAGCCAGGAGCCCAGAAACUCAACC